UACCAGUCGGCGCUCGCGGGCGCUGGCGGCGGAAGAGAUGGAGCCGCGUCACGAGCGCCCGGCCCCUUAAAACGCUGCUGUCUGGAGCCGCCUCCCUCCCUGCAGCCCGCGGCGGGCGGGGAGGGAGUGAAGGGAGGCCCGUCGAGCUGUCCGCGGGGCUCCGCGAUGGAGUUAAAGCAAUCCCUGUCCACCCAUCUGGAAGCCGAGAAGCCUCUGAGGCGCUAUGGGGCGGUGGAGGAGACGGCGUGGAAAGCGGAGGGACUGGGCAGAAGCCAGCUGGACAUCAUCUCCAUGGCCGAGACGACCAUGAUGCCGGAAGAGAUCGAGCUGGAGAUGGCGAAAAUCCAGCGCCUCCGGGAGGUCUUGGUCCGGAGGGAGUCUGAGCUCAGGUUCAUGUCCCGUGACGACAUCGAGCUGCAAGGGAGCCUGAGAAGGAUGGACGACAUCCAGCUCUGCAAAGACAUCAUGGACUUGAAGCAGGAGCUGCAGAACCUGGUCGCCAUCCCAGAAAAGGAGAAGACCAAGCUGCAGAAGCAGAGGGAGGAUGAGCUAAUCCAGAAGAUUCACAAACUGGUGCAAAAGAGAGACUUCCUGGUGGACGACGCGGAGGUCGAGCGGCUAAGGUUCCCGGGCAGAGAAGAAAGCAGAGCCCCCACCCAGCAAGCCCACCGUGGCCAAGACAGGGCUGGCGCUCAUCAAGGAUUGCUGUGGGGCCACCCAGUGCAACAUCAUGUAGCCCCCAGAGGGGCGCCCCGGGGCCACAGGGACCCCCUCCCACCCUCUUGUCUUCGUAGCCCCAUGUCACUGGGGCCCAAAGCUCUCCAAGGUGGAAGGGGUUGAAGGCAAGGCUGGGACUGCCGCCAGGGGCCAUGGGCGCGGCAGGCGGGCCCGGCCGCCCUGUACAGAGUGUAGCAAUAGGGAGUCCCUCACGUCGCAUGGCCCUCCCCAGAGCAUGCCGAACCCAGGAGUCUGUCUCCCUGUUUAUCCAACCACCAGGAAAGGUCCUCCCUCCAAGUCUAUCUCCACUUCUCUCUAGCUGUAUCUAACCCACCGUGUGAGCGAACUGGGCGAGGGGCCCGACCCCAGGUGUGUAUAGCUGUGGCUUCCUGACACUCUCGCACCAUGUUGGACACGUCCCCCAUCCACCCUCCUUGCUCUGUCAGGCCUGCCCCAAAUGGGCAUAUGUCCUGUCCCCCCCGUCUGUCCUUGCCCAGGGGCUGUGCCUGGAGGGCUCCGCGCAGCACGCGCCCCUCAGGCACCAUCAGUAUAGCAUUCCCGGAGACACAGAGGGCCCAUCUAUACAGACCCAGCUUGCGCGUGGUGUCUGGUCACAUCUGCUUCCUCCCAUCCUGUGUCCGGGCGUGGCUCGCAUCGAGAGGGUGUCCACUGCACUCCUCGCUCUCCCCCGCUCGCCAUGCCAGCCCAGGUGUCCGGAGCAGAGUGGGGAGGGGAGACGGGCUGGAGCACACCCAGACUUGGAAGACGUAGCAGAGAGCCGGAGGCUCCACCGUCAUGACCAGGGUGGAUGCGAAGGGGGCCCAGAGCAGAGGCCACCAGGGGCACUCUUCAUCCACUGGGGCCACCACAGCAGGACACCCCCGCCGGCCCAACACACAGACCUCCCUCCCUACAGACACAGCGACCGUGAGAGAAGCAGCCUGGCCCCGCUGUGUCCCAUCACCUGGUGGCUCUUUUAACCAGCCUAAUGAUUCCACCUGUGUGACUUGUACGUUUGCUACCGCCAUCCCGGCACAGCCCGUGUGACCUCUGUACGUGUGUGUCGUGCCCGGCCUCAGUAGUUAGCGUAACUCCAGAUUCGCUCGUGUGCAAUCACCCACCAGAGAAAAUAAAACGGAACCCACGUACACGGCAUUCGACGAGCUCUGACUUUUUUCUCGGGAUGGAAGUCCUCCAUGUACAUAGUAAAUCAUUUUAAAUGUA